AUGGCAUUGGAUGGUCAAUGGGACAUUGCAUGCUUUGAUCCGUCAGAAGAAGCAGAAGCAGAAGCAGAUGCAGAUGGGUGGGGCCCUCCAAAUGUCUGGAUCGUCUACCAAGAUAAUCAAAAUAAUGACGAAAUUCGAACCCGCCUGACCUUGCUUCGGCCGACGCCGUUGGCAGGAACAAGGCCGAUCUCUGCUUAG